UCCAAAUCAUAUACCAUUCGAUUUGUCUCUACAGCUAUUUAAGAAAGAAGAGUUUGGAAGUCAGUUCUUCCUCUUUUGUCUUUGCUGCAAGCUCGACGAAAGUCUAGCUUUGUCAUUAUCAUCCACCCUCCCACCACCAGGAGGAGUAGUAUGGUAUAUUUGUGAUAAUAGGAGGAUAGAGAUGUGUUGA